AUGACGGAAGCGAUCGGCCAUGUUGAUUUCUACACGAAUGGCGGCACUGAUCAACCCGGAUUAAUGAUAAAAAGCGUGACGGAAUUCGCGAUUGAAAACGGUGGAUUUUGUCGCUGGAAAUGCUUCGAGUGUAAAACCAAGGGCCAAUUUUGCAUGCCAAUGGGUUUCAACAGCAAGAAACGAUACGAUGAACUCCUAUCAAAGAAAAUCAUUAGUAAAAGGCGUACUUAUGUAUUGUAUCUUCGUACUGCAGAUGCGCAGCCAUUUUGCAAAGAACAUUACAAACUAUCCGUGCAAGUAUCUGAUUCUUCUGAAAGUAAAAAACACGGGGGUGAAAUCGGUCAACUCUGGUUUGUGCUUCAUGAUUCAACAGACAUGCGCGGAUUAAAAACAAAUAGAGUUGCAUUAAACAAAGGCGGAUAUCACGAACCAGGCAAAUUAUACACAGAAAUUGUGUCAAUGGAUAAAACUCUACACUUGAAAGGAUUAGAAGUUGAGUGGGAUUACCACAGUAAUGUGUUUAACCCACUAACAUGGCGUUUAUUGGCUUCGCCGAGGGUACACCUUGCAAAAAUCAAAGUGGAAAGUUUAAACCCAAAAGAAAGGUUAUCUGUGUGCCCAAAAGAUAAAAAUCAACCACUCAUCACCGGAAUACCACAACUCAUGCUGCCAUCUUACUGCUCGCAGUGA